AUGGUGGAGCUCUGGCUGGUCCGACACGGCGCGACCGCGUGGAACGCCGAGGGGCGGUGGCAAGGACAGACGGACGUGCCUCUAAGCGCGGUCGGCCAGGCGCAGGCGCUAGCCCUUGGCGACCAUCUACGCGCGCUGCAUGCGUCCCAGCCCUUUGACGCGAUCGUCUCGAGCGUCUGCAUGAACGAAACUGCGAGCGGCGGCACGACGCUCACCUACAUGCGCAGCGGCGUGUGCGUCUCGGCCGUCGACACGGUCGCGCACGGUCUUGCCGAUGUCUUUGUCGACAUCAAGUGUUUCGGGCUCGGCACGGGCGCGUCCAGCGUCAAGGUGACGUACCUCUCGGCGGAUGGCGUGCGUCGCACGGUGAUUGCCAAUCAGACGGCGAGUCCGGUCGCGAUCCUCGCGUGCUUUGUCGGUGGCCGCGCGCCGCAGUCGGACUACCCGUCGUACGUCAUGGACAUGCUCGCGCAGGGCACGCAGGCGUCGAUCGUGAUGACCAAAGCCAACGGCAGCGAAGCCAUCAUCCUCAACUUCAUCGCGCUCCUCUCGCUCGCGGGGUACGGGUAUUUCUUUCUGCGCAUUUCCAUCUACCUCUACGAGACGGCCAAGUGGAUUCGGCUCCUGCCCGAGAGCAGCCAGAAGAAGCAGCUGCUCUAUAGCGUCGUCAACUGCAGCAUCAGCAGCGUCAUCUGGAGCCACUACCGCACCUCGAUGCAAUUCAUUGGCUUCCUUGGCUUCAUCGCGUGGCACCUCGGCACGAGCAACAGCUCGUGCCAAUGGGAUCAAUCGAUCGCAGACGUGAGCGUCGACGCCGCGUACAGCUGCAGCAUCGACAGCCUCGGGCACUUAUCCUCGUUCACCGAGGUCGUCCGGCUGUUUUCGUACUCGUGGGUGUUUUACGCGCUCGUCUUUAUGGACCGCAUGCCGGGCAUCGCGAUCUACAUGCCCGGCUACAUUGUCGCCGCGCUCCUCCUCGGGUUCGUGCCGCUGUCCGUGCUCGCGAUCGUCGUCGCCGAGAUCUGCAAGGCGCGCCUGCAGUCGCCGGCGCUCUUCCUCAUCCACAACCAGCUCUUCCUCGUCCUGCUGUGGCUGCUCGUGUUUUACAUUCUGCGGACGCCGCUCCUGCGCCCGGUCCACCGACUCGUGGAGCUCUGCCUCGGCCUCGUCGGCGUCAAGAAGCAAAAACUGCACAUCGAGAGCCCGUUCUACGCGAUGCUCGGCGACCAUUUCUGGAUCGAAUCGGCGCUGCAUCGGGACGAAGAAGUCAUGUACGUGCCGCUGAGCGUCCUCAUGGAGACCAGGAACCUCAAAUUGCGCAACAUCUACGACCACGAGUACUUUACCUACGGCGUCUUCAACAAGCCCGACAAGACGACCGCGCGCAGCGACCACCCGCUCUGGCUCCACACGCAGCUCGAGUACUACGUGCGCGUGCACGAGUAG